UGAAAAAAUGCCAGUUCCGCUUACAAAACCACAGAGUGUCUACUCUGAAAGAGUAAUGCUAGCUGUUUAACUCAAGCCGGAAACACUCAACUACAAUAAGUACUACGCCUCAUUAGAGUUAAAGGUUCGUCAUUACUGCAUCGAAGAAUACGCUUGGCUGAGCAGCUGCUUCAAAAUCACUGAGGAAAUUUACCAGGGCAUUGAAGUUUCAAUCCCGAAACCAGCAGUUCAAGCGUGUGUCCGGAUGGGAAAUUCAACUAGCUGAAACACUGGACAAGUGUAUGACGUCACGAAAAUAAGCCAACGCUACUGGACGAAGAAGUGAAGCAAGUUCUGUCGAACGCAUAGCGACGGCAGUGGGUUGAGAUGACAUUGUCUUCUUAGAUUGCACCCGAUAUAGCGUAAGUUCGGUGGCACUGGAUACCUGCGCAAAGGCGACGCAGAAACGUCCACUUGUGGAUAAACGCUUGCCAGACCCAUAGUGAUACUGGAGCAACGCAUAUGAGCGUAUUGAAGUGACAUGGCUGAGUUGAGUGGGCUUGUUUUUAUGCUAACAAUAGCUUGGACAUCCCCAGGCGGCGAGUCCUUCUCACACAGCCGCUCCUUCACCGUAGACUACGCCAACAAUCAGUUCCUCAAAGACGGCAAGCCCUUCCGCAUCAUUUCCGGUUCUCUGCACUACUUCCGCGUACCGAGGGCGUACUGGAAGGACCGCCUGCUAAAGAUGCGAUUCGCAGGCUUGAACGCGGUCGACGUCUACGCUGAGUGGAGUGGACACGAAGUGGAACCAGGCACGUUCAACUUCGAGGGAGACUACGACUUGGGAGCUUUCCUGGACGUCGCCAAGGACGUCGGCCUACUCGUCGUCUUCAGACCGGGUCCCUACAUAUGCGCGGAAAGGGACAACGGUGGACUGCCAUACUGGCUGCUGAGGAUUGAUCCCGCCAUGAGGUACAGGUCUUCGGACGCCUCCUUCAUCAAACGCGUCGACAAGUGGUUUCACGUCCUCCUCCCUUUGGCCCGGCCGUUCCUCUACAAGAACGGCGGUCCCAUUGUGCUCGUGCAAGUAGAAAACGAGUACGGCUACUACGCUUUGUGCGACAGCUCCUACAUGCGCCACCUCGUCUAUCUGAGUCAACGCUACCUCGGUCAGGACGUUGUGUUGUUCAGGACAGAUGAGCCUAACUCCACCUUCUAUGGGUGCGACCGCAUCCUGGGCCCGUUGGUCGCCGCCGACUUCGGCUCGGACAAGAACGUCGACGCCAUGUUUCGGUUAGUUCGCAGCGAGAUGAGGCGAGGCCCUCUGUACGUAGCCGAGUACUAUUCCGGAUGGAUGGACCACUGGGGUGAACACCACGCACGAGUCGACCAAAACUUAGUGCUCGAGCAACUCGAGCGUGUACUGCGGUACAACGCGUCCGUCAACUUCUACAUGUUCCACGGCGGCACAAACUUCGGCUUCAAGAACGGCGCUCAUCUACCGCCUCAACCGACGAGCUACGACUACGGGGCGCCCCUGACGGAAGCGGGCGAUCCGACCAGCACCUACUUCAAGAUCAGGAAUAUUCUGGGCCGCUACGUGGCGCUGCCGAAGGAGACACCCCCAUUCCCGGCGCCGAAGUUGAAGAUCGGUGCCGUCAGUCUCAACUCGUGCGCGUCGCUGGACGUUAUUCGAGAUUUGUUGCGGAAGCAAGGGUACGUCAAGCCCGUGGUGUCGCGGUGGCCCUUGUCUUUCGAACAGCUUGGCCAAGCGUACGGGUACGUCGUGUAUACGGUGAAGUGCUGUUCGUUUCGACCGGCGAGUCCGACUAUUCUGACUGUGCUCGGUAUUAAGAACAGAGGCUACGUGUUCACUGCGCAUACGCGUGCGGUCCUCAGCGACAAUCACCACGUGACCAGCGCGCCCAUUGUGGCACACCCUGGCGAGAACAUCACGAUUCUGGUGGAAAACACAGGCAGGAUCAACUAUGGCCUCCGUAAUCACGACGUGAAGGGAAUCACUUCUAACGUCACUCUCGGGCACGAAGUGCUUUCCGGGUGGACUAUGGAGCCUUUGCCAUUGGACAAGCAACACGUCAUCAAGCAUCUGGCAGGCGUUCUGGGGAGCUCGAAUCCGGGCCGACAUUGCAGUGUACCUGGCGCGUUCUUAGGGACAUUCAUGCUGCCCAAGGGCCAGAAAGUACUGGAUACCUACCUGGACCCAACAGGCUGGGGCAAAGGCGCAGCCUACGUUAAUGGCUUCAACCUUGGACGUUACUGGCCUAGUAUAGGCCCGCAGGUCACCCUGUACGUCCCCGGGGUGCUACUCCACCCGUACCCGAAGAUGAACACAAUCCUGCUUUUCGAGACCGAGUACACGCCACCGGGAAAUCGGACUGUUAGCUUCGUGGACGUCCCCAACAUCGGCGGUCCGGUUCCAGGCGACCCUGUGCGCUUCACGGGAUAG